AUGAACGUGUUACUAUCGCCACAACCCCCGCUCUUUCCUCAUCAACACGAAGCCCCCCGAUUGUCCCCUCCUCGCUCUGCCUCUCCCUUCGCAAACAUGGCGGGCUCCCGAAAACGCAAGGCGGACGACCACGACGCCGACGAGAUGUCCGUGUCCCCGCGAAGCUCGCCCGCAAUCCCAGCCCGCCAGCUUUCACGACCGUCGAAGAAGGUGCGAGCCACGGAAAUCACGGGAAGGCCUCUGUCGCUGCCUCGUCUGCUCGAGACGCUCGACACGACCCAACUGCGGACUGUUCUCCAAACAAUUUGCGAGCGCCAUCCAUCCAUCGGACAGGAGGUUGUCAAUGGCGCACCCCGACCAACGGUUGUCUCGGCUCUUGAUGUGCUGGGAGAAUACCAGCACAAGUUACAGUCCUCUAUCCCGUACGGCCAGUCCAGCUCCGACUACGCAUACUACCGUGUCAGGGCGCCCCUGCUAGCGCUGGUGGAUGCUAUCGCGGACUUUACACCCCAAUACCUGCCCCCCACCGAGGCCCAAACCACCGCUUCUCUCCAGUACCUUGACGGCGCCACCAAGAUUAUCCAUGGACUCCCAGACUGGAGCAGUCAGAGCCACAGGCAGCACAAGGACAACGCCUACGACGAGAUCUCGAGGGCAUGGGCGCUAGUGAUUAGCGAGGCCUCGAAGAGAGGCGGAGGGUUCGUCCUACACACGGCAGGAUGGGAUCAGACCCUAGCCAAGCAUAACCAGCAGUCGGGAGGGCGGUUGACUGUCGCUAUGCAGUCUAUGGCAUCCAAUGUCACCUGGGCCGGCGGUGCGCCGCAACAAGGCUCAGGCAGCGAUCAGAGCUCGAUUCUCAACCAGCUCGUCAACGGAACGUAUGGAAACCCAGUCCGGGUUGGACCAUGGUAG